AUGUCUUCCUCAAUUCCGCACGUCGCUACCGCCGUAAUCCACUACGAGGGCGAAACAAGCCCAAUCCGCGCGGCCAACGAGAUCGAAGUUGACCUGGUGGAGAGGCGCCAACAACUCAAACGCGCCUGGAGGGUCGUCCUGGCUCCCCGCGCCGACGGCACCAUCGGCGGGCGCCGCCGCGACAGCCGCCGCCUCGCACUGCACAUGGUGCAGAAGUUCACCGAAGAGGUCGCCGAGCUCGAAGAUGAGCUCUACAAGUCCCGUUGCUUCGAGUGGUGGGUGGAGGACGUGGCGGGGAGGGCGGGAAGCUGGUUUGGGGAGGGUGCGUGGGGAGAUGAGGGUGGGGAGAGGGAUUUGGUGUGGGAGGAGGCCGGGGAGGCGGAGAGGAAGGAAGAGGAGAUGGUGGAGUCAGUUGGUCGUCGCUGCCGUUGGGAUACUUGA